AAGAGAAGGCCAAAGUCAAGGAAGGGUGUUUGAAUGGGUGGUGCCCCAAUAUCAAACUACGUUACUCACUUAGCAGGAAAGCCGUGAAGACGACUAAGGUUGUCAUUGACCUCUAGGCUCGUGGUGUCCAGUAUACACAGCCAUCCUACAGCCCACCUCCUCCAUGCUUGAAGACCAUACUCAAUCGAGAUUUCACUGGGUUUGAGUCUCGAAGUGUUACUAUGGAAGAGAUUAUUAAGGCUCUAAAGCAUGAUCACUUCAACUUGAUUGGGGUUUGCGGAAUGGGAGGUGUGGGCAAGACAACAAUGGUGAAUGAAGUUGCAAAAAGAGCAAAAGAAGAGAAUCACUUUGACGAAGUUGCAAUGGCCGUUGUCAGCAAAGACCCAAACCUAACCAAUGUUCAAGCUUGCAUUGCAGAAAUGCUUGGUUUGAAACUUGUUGACAGGGUUAGCCCGAUGGUCCGAGCUGAUCUCCUACGUAAGAGACUUCUACAGGAUAACAAGAAAGUCCUUGUUAUACUGGAUGACAUUUGGGAAGACUUUGAUCUACAUGACAUGGGAAUUCCUUUGGAAUGUGCUAAUAAGAAUUUCAAACUGCUUUAUACGUCGCAAACUCGAGAUCUAUGGCCUGAUGUACUAACUAAAAAGGAGAUCCCUCUUCAACUCUUGUCAGAAGAUGAAGCAUGGCAACUAUUCAGGGAGAAAGCAGGUGAUUCAGUUGAUACUCGAGAUUUGCAUCCGAUUGCCAAACAGAUUGUGAAUGAAUGUGGAGGUUUACCACUUGCUCUAGUACUUAUUGGUGGUGUACUUUCGACCAAAAGUGGGAGAGAGAUAUGGGAAGGUAUGCUUGAUAUGCUAAUUUGUGCAAGCCGCACUCCUGCGAAUGACCGUUUGUUUUCACGUCUAGAGCUGAGUUACAAAUAUUUGGAAGGUGAGGAAGCCAAGCGCCUAUUAUUGCUUUGUUGUUUAUUUAAAGAAGAUGAAGAUAUCCGUAUUAACAAUUUGGCCAUGUACGGAUUGGGGCUAUCACUUUUUGACGGAAUAAAUGAAAUGGGAAAAGCAAGGCGUCGAGCUUUUCUUAUCGUUGAUGAUCUAAAGAGCCGUUCUUUACUGCUAGACAGUAAAAAAGAAGGGUGUGUAAGAGUGCAUGAUGUAGUGCGUGAUAUGGGCAUAUCUAUUGCAUCCAAAGAUAAAGUUGCUCUAGUAAGCCAUGGUACAUUGUCUGAGUGGCCAAAGACGGUCACAUAUGAGCCUUAUGCCAUCUCGGUGAUAUCAGACAAAAUUACAAAGCUUCCUGAAGGAUUGACAUACCCAAACCUUGAGUUUCUAAUUUUACGAUGCAGGAAACUUAAGAAACUAUCGCCCAAUUUUUUCGAGGGGAUGGGGAAACUAAAAGUUUUAGAAAUUGGUCAUUUUGAUGGCAUCCUGACGCUUCAAUCCUUGAGGAACCUUACUACGUUGUCACUUGAAGGAUUUCGUGGCAUGUUGGAUAAUUUAUCUAUAAUUGGAGAUCUACUGAAUCUAGAAACCCUCAACUUUCGCGAUUCGAGGAUCGAGGAGCUACCAGAAGAAAUAGGGAAACUAGUUAACUUGAGGUUGUUAGAUCUGAGGGGCACUACUUGGCUGCGUAGAAUACCGCCAGGUGUCAUUUCACGCCUGGUUCGUUUAGAAGAACUAUACAUGGACUGGUUUGAGCAUGGGGGAGGAGAGGACAAUGAAGCAGAAGGGAGAAAUGCAAACCUAAUAGAGUUUGAGUCCUUGUCCAAUUUAAAUACUUUAGAGAUUGAGAUAAGAAGAAGAUCAAAGUUUGCACGUGUUGCAUGUAUCCCAACAGUUCCAAUACUUAGCAAACUGGAAAUAUACAAGGUAUUUAUAAAUAAUCGCUUUGAUUUGGGGAAUGAUUGCCCUCCUGGUUAUGACUAUAAAGCUGAACAUGGUAGCUAUUAUGGUAAAUACAGAUUUCCCAAAAACUGCAAAAGGAUGUUGGGGGUCAAUGCUUACGAUCUGAUCCUUUCAUAUCAUGGAGGGAUUGAUUCACUCUUAAGGCGUAGUGAUCUUCUAUCGCUUCAAGGGAGUGGAUGUGAUGAUCUGGUGCGGGAGUUACUAUGCCAGCUUCUUGUUGAUGGACUCCAACAAUUGAAGUACCUGUAUAUCUCUGAUUGUCACUUCACACAAGAAUGUCUUGUCAAAGCAAUGAAUCCAGUCCAACUAUCUCGCGCUCCUGCUGUUUUCCCUAUCCUGGAGGUAUUGUGGAUCGAUCAGCUUGCUAAUGUAAGAGAGAUAUCUCAUAGCCCAAUCCCAGCGCGUUCCUUUGGGGAACUGACUUCCAUCAAAGUCGCAGAAUGUAAACAAUUGAGACAUCUCUUCCCGCUACCAAUUGUAGGAUGUCUCCCUCAACUCACAGGUCUUAUGAUCAAAUCCUGUGGUAUGAUGGAAGAAGUUAUUUGGAGGGAGCAACGAGGAGAUGUGCAUGUUGCAACCAACAGAAUCGAGUUUCCGAAAUUGGAAUCCUUGUCACUUUCGAGUUUACCAAGUCUCAAGGGUUUCUGCAGAGGGAUUGAUCAUAUUGAUUUCCCUCAAUUGAAACGUCUGGAUCUCUAUAGACUGGAACGGUUAAACUGCCUCUUCCACAACAACAGUACUUCCCAUUCCGAGGAAAACGACGAUGCCGGCUUCCUUUCUCUUUUUCCCCAAAUGGUCUCAUUACCUAACCUGGAGGUCCUAGAAGUCGGCAAGUUAAAGAAUCUGGAAAGAAUAGGAUAUGGUCCACUUUCAAUGGGUUCAUUGUCCAAACUGAUAAAAUUUACCAUGAGUGACUGCAACAACCUGCUUUGUGUAUUUCCAUCAGAAUUGCUUCAUAUACUGGGAGAUCUUGAGACACUGGAUGUAAGUUGGUGCGAGUUGCUGGAGGUUUUUUUUGAAUUGGAAGCAGGGGUGCAUUCUAAUGAACCAAUCCCAGAGAUUUUAUCUUCACUCAAAAUCGUCAAAUUAUAUCGUCUACCCAAAUUGAGUUAUAUUUCAAAGAGAGAUCCCACGGGCUUCCAGUACAUUCAGACUUUACAGAUUCACACAUGUGACUGGUUGAGAUAUGUAUUCGCACCUACCGUGACGAAAGCAUUCCACAACUCCGUACCCUUGAGAUAUCGUUCUGUACGAUGCUAUCAAGAAUAGUUGCAUAGGAGAAUGGACUGGGUGAAAGUUUAGUGGAUGAAGUUGAGUUCCUGCGGUUGGAAAAACUAGUGCUUCGUGGUCUACCAAACCUUGUGAAUUUCUUCUCGAAUGUGAAUGCUACUCUACCAAAAUCAACAGACCACCUCCAUACCCCAAUGCAAUCUCAACCUCUCUUCAACGAAAAGGUUACAUUUCCUAGCUUGGAGGUUUUGAUACUAGACGAGUUGCCGAAUGUGAGUGACAUAUGGAGUAGUGAACUUCCGGACUUCUCGUUCUUUAAGCUGAAAAGACUCGAAAUGAAUGAUAUUAGGAGUUUGAGAAAUAUGUCCCAUCCUUCUCUUGCUAGAGUUCUUUUGAAUCUCCGAAAACUAGAGAUUGACAAUUGUUGGAAGAUGGAAGCAGUAGUUGACCGGGAAGAAGAAAUAGAAGAUGGACAGAGAAUAAAAAUAGAGAAAACUCUAUUCCCUGAGUUGACACAAUUGGAACUUUCUAAACUACCAAAUCUGAGGUUUUGCAACUUCACUCAUCCUAUAGAAUGUCACUGCCAUGGUUCAAUAUGUCAGUAUCGGACAGUGUAAUGGUCGCAGUCACGAGUAACGGAAAUCAAGAUCCGAGUAUCGGUCAAUGUGUUAUGGAAUUUGGAAACCGCACUCGUGA